AGUGAAUAUUUGUCUCUUCAUAGUAUAGCUACGCAUGCAUUCAAAGCGACUUCUACACACAAUUCUGUUUCUUCAAGUGUGUUACCAGUGCAAGCCGUCCAGAAUGGUACAUCAACCCUUACGGAGCGAGUCCUGUAGUGGCGAUACGUCCUCCCCUAGUUCGGAUUACGGUAGUAUUGAUUAUUUCAGCACGGCACAAAACGUAACCCCAACUGCUGAUGUAAGCAAUGGAAAGAAAAAGUACACAGCUGCUCGGGCAUCACGAGAUUCUUCGCAAGAUGAUAUAAAUUCAUCAACAGCAUACAGGCCGGUGCAUAGUAAAAUUCCAAAGCUGAAAGACAGGGUAACUA